AUGUCGAAAUCAAAUGACUCCUUAUUUUCUUUGGAUAAUUUGUUUUUUGAAAAACCAGAUGAAGCUGAAAACUAUCCAGAGAAUGGAAAAUCAUUGGAUUGGUUUCUCCCACCUGCUCCAUUGGUUUCAGAAAUUCCAGAUACUCAGACAUUAGAAGAAGAAAUAGAAAAUCAUAAAUCAUUAGGUAUGGAAAAGAGGCAAAAAAUGUUAACGUCAAAUUUAAAGAUAACUAAUGAAAGCACAAAUUAUAUUUCAACAACACAAAAAUUCCAAUUUGCCUUUCCCUCUAAUAAUUAUGGAGAAGGUGGUGUACAUUGUGGAGGGACAGAUAAAAAUGGCUUAUCACAUGUUUCUGGCAAGCUGACAUAUGGUUCUUCUCAGAAAUUCAAAAAUCACUUUGGCACUGAGAUAGCAUGUGAGAAAAAUAUUCCAGAUGAUACAAUAUUAGUUAAUUCUGCAGAAGAAGAAGGAGAGAGCACAUCAGCCUUCCAAAAAAGAUUAUUUAAAAUAUCCGACAAUAUGCAUAGGAGUGCUUAUUCUAAUGACAUUGCAAACUUGGAUUCUCAUGUUGUCCCAGGAGAAAUUGUCCAAACAGAAAUGAACAAAGGGACAUCAUGGAAGUGUAGCAAUAGUAAGCAGAAACCUCAAUAUUCAGAUAUUAACAUGUUUACAGCAAGUGAUGCUUUUCCUGCUUCUGAAAUUAGAGAAGGUGUAUUGAAAGUACCAUCUUUUUCAGUUGUGUCCCAGCCUCAUGAAGUUGAAGGAGUAACAGAAAAUGAUUUGAAGGCUAUCACAGAAAUCCCGGCAAAAUUUAGAGGUAUUUUCAAAGAAUUCCCAUAUUUCAACUAUAUACAGUCCAAAGCCUUUGAUGAUCUUCUUUACACAGAUAGGAAUUUUGUGAUUUGUGCUCCAACUGGUUCUGGGAAAACGGUAUUGUUUGAACUUGCUGUAACAAGAUUGUUAAUGGAAGUCCCAUUGCCAUGGUCAAAUAUUAAAAUUGUUUACAUGGCACCAAUAAAAGCCCUGUGUAGUCAGCGUUUUGAUGACUGGAAAGAAAAAUUUGGACCAAUAGGAUUGAAGUGUAAAGAACUCACUGGAGAUACACUAAUGGAUGACCUAUUUGAGAUUCAGCAUGCCCAUAUUAUUAUGACAACUCCAGAGAAAUGGGAUAGCAUGACUAGGAAAUGGAGAGACAACUCUUUGGUCCAACUGGUUCGACUGUUUCUCAUUGAUGAGGUACAUGUUGUAAAAGAUGAAAAUCGUGGACCAACUCUUGAGGUUGUAGUUAGCAGAAUGAAAACUGUGCAAUCUUUAUCUCAUACUUUAGAAAAUACCAGUUCUGUUAUUCCAAUGAGAUUUGUAGCUGUGUCUGCAACAAUUCCAAAUGCUGAGGAUAUUGCAGAAUGGCUUUCAAAUGGUGAAAGACCUGCUGUAUGUCUGAAAAUGGAUGAGAGACAUAGACCAGUGAAACUUCAGAAAGUGGUCCUUGGAUUUCCCUGCUGUAGUAACCAAACUGAAUUCAAGUUUGAUUUAUCCCUCAACUACAAAAUCGCCAAUGUUAUACAAACAUAUUCUGAUCAGAAACCCACACUUGUGUUUUGUGCAACAAGGAAAGGUGUGCAACAGGCUGCUUCUGUUCUUGUGAAAAAUGCUAAAUUUAUUAUGACUGUGGAACAGAAACAGAGGUUACAGAAGUAUACGUAUUCCUUAAGAGAUUCAAAACUGAGAGAUUUCUUAAUACAUGGCGUUGCUUAUCAUCAUGCUGGUAUGGAGCUGUCAGAUAGAAAAGUAGUUGAAGGAGCUUUUACUGUUGGAGAUCUACCAGCUCUUUUUACUACCAGUACUUUAGCUAUGGGAGUAAAUUUGCCUGCUCACUUAGUAAUUAUAAAAUCUACAAUGCAUUAUGCUGGAGGGAUGUUUGAAGAGUACAGUGAAACAGAUGUUCUACAAAUGAUUGGGAGAGCUGGCCGACCUCAAUUUGACACUACAGCUACUGCAGUUAUUAUGACUCGGUUAAGUACAAAAGAGAAGUAUAUUCAGAUGUUAGCUUGUAGUGACACUGUAGAAAGCAGUUUGCACAGACAUCUUAUUGAGCAUUUAAAUGCAGAAAUAGUAUUGCAUACCAUCACAGAUGUAAAUAUUGCUUUGGAAUGGAUACGAUCAACUUUGCUUUAUAUCAGAGCCCUGAAAAAUCCAUCUCAUUAUGGUUUUGCAUCUGGUUUGAACAAAGAUGGAAUUGAAGCAAAAUUACAAGAAUUAUGUCUAAAGAAUCUGAACGAUUUAUCAUCUCUGGACUUGAUAACAAUGGAUGAAGGUGUUAAUUUCAAACCAACUGAGACAGGAAGGUUGAUGGCUUGGUAUUAUAUUACAUUUGAAACAGUGAAGAAAUUUUGUACAAUCAGCGGAAAAGAAACUUUAUUGGAUUUGGUCACAAUGAUAGCCAGCUGCAAGGAAUUUCUAGAUGUACAAUUAAGGAUAAAUGAAAAGAAAACUCUGAAUAAUUUGAACAAAAAUCCAAGUCAAACAACUAUCAGAUUUCCUAUGGAAGGAAGAAUUAAAACAAGAGAAAUGAAAGUAAAUUGUCUUAUUCAGGCUCAGUUAGGAUGCAUUCCCAUACAAGACUUUGCUUUGACACAAGAUACUGCGAAGAUCUUCAGAAGUGGCUCACGGAUUACAAGAUGGCUGUCAGAGUUUGUGGCUCUUCAAGAAAAGAAGUUUGCUGUACUAUUGAACAGUUUGAUUUUAACGAAAUGUUUUAGAUGUAAACUUUGGGAAAAUUCUCUGCACGUGUCCAAACAGCUGGAAAAAAUUGGUAUAACAUUGUCAAAUGCAAUGGUUAACGCAGGUUUGACUUCCUUUAAAAAAAUAGAAGAAACAGAUGCAAGAGAACUUGAACUGAUUUUAAAUAGACAUCCUCCCUUUGGAACUCAGAUAAAAGAAACAGUGAUGUAUCUUCCAAAAUAUGAACUUGAAGUAGAGCAGAUUGCAAGAUAUAGUGAUACUGUGGCGGAAAUACUAGUGACCAUUAUAUUAAGAAACUUUGAACAGCUACAAACUAAAAGAACAGCACCAGACUCUCACUAUGUUACCUUAAUCAUAGGUGAUGCAGAUAAUCAACUGGUUUUUAAGCACAAAAUUAUAGAUUCUGUUUUGCUAAAAGCUGGAAGUUGGGCUAAAAAGAUUGAUGUUAAGAGAGCUCUUAAAUCUGAAGAACUUAGCAUAAAUCUAAUUAGUUCUGAAUAUGUUGGACUUGAUAUUCAGAAGAAAUUCACAGUCUUUUACUUAGGACCCAAGAGGUUCGGAAAUGAAAUAAUUAUGCAAAAAAAAUCAGAAACAGAGAUUUCCCAUUCUAAACAUUCAGAUAGAUCUACUGUAGCAGAACCCAAUAAAGGAAUGACUACUCGCAAAAAACCUGGAAACCGAGACUGCAACCAUCACUGUAAAAAUAAACAGACGUGUGGACAUGACUGCUGUAAAACUGGAGUGGCACAGAAAUCAGAAAUGAAAGGGCCAACAAUUUCUUCAUAUUUAUCGGAUUUAAGAAACAGAAAUGCUUCAUCUCUUCCUCCAGUUAAACGUCUCAAGAUGCAAAUGAGUAAAUCUCAAAGUAUGGACCUCAAGGAUUUCUGUUUUACUCCAAAAGCUUCUCCUUCUAAUAUAUCAAGGUCAGAAUACUUAAACAUACCUCAAUUAUCUAUCAUGGAGGAGAGGAAUCAGCAUGAAAUCUGUGCGAAUGCUCACCCAGAAAUAUCUGAAUAUCAAGACCAAGAAGUUUUGAAUGUGAACUUUGAAUUGGGAAAUGAAGUUUGGGAUGAUUUUGAUGAUGAAAACUUGGUAGAAGCUACUAACUUUUCAGCUGAUAAUAAGACAAAAACAUCAGGAUUUGGAAACACUUUGAGUUCAAGUACCAGGGGAAGUAAUCUAUCCUUCCAACAGUCAAAGAGCAAAUUCCAAAGAGAAAUGUCAAACAGUUUUGUUUCAUCACAUACGGAGCCACAUAUUUAUUUAUCAAAUUCUACUAUGUCCAAGUUUGGUGCAUCCUCCAUGAUAAAAUUGCCUCAACAAGAUGAAAAUACAAAUAUUGUCCAUUUACAAAAAGGAAAAGAACAAAGUCUGUCACCAGAGAUUGAAAGACUGUGCUUUCCUCACUCUAAAAAAAGUUCAAAUUCUUCAAAUUUUUUCAGAGAAGUAGAUUUCUUUACUAGAAACAGUGAAUGUGAAAACCAAAUUGAUUUCAGUAGGUAUCAUCCUGAUGAUGAAGCUGAUGAAAUGAAGUCUUUUCUGGGAAUAUUUGAUGGUAUUUUCUAAAAACAAAACCAACAUGUUCCUAAUGUUAAUGAAACAAAGUAUAAAGACACCUAAUUACAAAGCACACUUUUUAUUUUUAAAAAUAGAUAAUAAUUGUCCAGGUUUAUUUCUGUUGUAUUUGAUCAGUUUUGUUGAUAUUUUCACAGCAAAAUAU